UACAAGGGCUUACCAUCUCUCAAGUUUCUCACUCUAAUGAGGGUGAGGCUUACUGACUCCAUAUUGGAGUCUCUAGUUUCAGGGAGUGGGCGGUUGGAGAAAUUAGUACUAUUUAACUGUGAUGGCCUUUCCCAUCUCAAAAUUCAUGCCUCCAGCCUUUCAUUUUUAUUUGUACAAGCCAAAUUUAGUGCCAUAAAUUUGAGUAAAAGUUCCAACUUGAAAGCGUUUGUCGUAGUUCUCCACAAAAGGGAUAAUGCCUUUGCUUCCAUGACCAACGUUCUGGAGGGUCUCCUUGGAUUAGAGGUGCUUUUCUUUUAUGAUUCUUUUAUGCAGUAUUUUUUCAGAGGAGAUGUUCCUGAGAGACUCUCUACCACUUACAAUUAUCUCAGGUUUUUAGUUCUGGUUUUAAAUACAAACAAGAUAAUGGAGGUUAAGGGCUUUGUUUGUCUUCUGAGAAGUUUCCCAAACUUGGAAUAUCUCACAAUUCAGGUUUAUUGCCAUAGACAGCUUGAAAGCCAAAGUGAUGGAUGCUUUUGUGAAAACAUGAAUUGUCAAUCUGGAUCUUGGUUGAGUUGCCUUAGAAGAGUGAAAAUAAGGCUGGGAGAGAUUCGGUUGGAAGAUAUGGAAUUAAUUAAGUUCUUGCUAUUGAACACCAAAGUGCUGGAUAAAUUCUUCAUUGAGACUAGCAAAGGCAUGGAUCAAGCCAUACAAUUAAGCCUCGAAAAGCAGUUGCUCUUGCUUCCGAAAGCUUCUUCUCGUGCCAAGAUCAUAUUAAAAAAUUCCUGUUAA